AAGACAUCUUAGAUAGAGAGUGAGAGUACCUGCCGGAUCAGAACACUCAAAGGUUCGGUCGAGAUAGUCACCUCCUCGGCCAACACGUGCAAAAGCACACCGAGGGGAAACAAGUCGUUACUCUACCUCAAACCCUUUCCAGCGUGCUCUUCUGCAUCUUACCCUUCUCCUUCUGUCGCAUCACUGUAUACACUCAUCACUCGGCUCAUACAACCCUACGUCCCACGACGUAUUAGCCAUUCAACUCAUCUCAACUGGAAAUCAUAGCAAGCAGACAUAUUACCGCAACUUUCGACAUCUCUUCCAAAUCAACUCAAAUCAGCAUUAUCACAUAGAUCAACGACUGUAGCGAUCGCAACAUGUCAUCGACUUCGUCCAAUGCUCCUCCGUCCUAUGGCGAUCUUUUAGAUGAUGAGGCAUUGGCUCCUUUGAAGAGAAAUCAUGCUUGUUUGCAAUGUAAGAAGAGAAAGGUUAAAUGUGAUGGUACUCGACCAUCUUGCGCACCUUGUCUCCGUUCUCACGCUCACGCACUACGUUCAGCUCAACGAAACUCUUCCACCCCACCUAUCCUCACAUGUACAUACACCGAAGUAGAAACACCCGAUUCUCGAGGGAACUCACCUCCUAGCGAUCCUCUGCGAUCGGUCAACGAAACAGAACAACGGAAGCGUCGAGGGGCGAAAAGACAUCAUGAUGAUGGAGAUUCUGAAGAAAAAGCUGCUUUAUUAGCUAAGAUCACAGAGUUGGAACAACAGUUAGCUGCUCUUCGUCCACUUGCUUCAUUAUCUGAAAAAUCAUCUUUAAAACAAUCUUAUUCCGGCGGUGGUAAUAUUUGGUCAAAUGAACCGGUUUCAUUUAUCGACAAUCAACAAAAUUGGGAUGGUGGUAUUCCUCCGUUAGCUUUACCUCCUGUAGAUCCGACAGGUUUUGAAAAUCUGUUUUUAGUUCCUACUGGUUGGCCUAGAAAUUUACCAUCACCAUUCCUUCUGGAACAUCUCGUGGAAACUUUCUUCACACAUGUACCACAAUUACCUCGUAUGCUUCACAGAGCCAGUUUUCUCCCAAGAAUUCAAUUACCCCCAACCAACCCUAAUUUCCCCGAUGCGGCUUUAUUACAUGCCAUCUGUGCUCGUGCGUCUUUACAUACAGCUUGGGUCAAUAGCAUACCUCCAGAACAAGUUGAAAGUGUUAUCGAACGUCAUAAAGCUAUCAACAAUGAUUUGGAAGGAUUGGAUGAUUUCGGUUUGAGUCAGGUAGAAGCGGCUAGGAGAUGUAUACAUUUGGCUUUUACAACUUGUGAUAUGGCCGGUGGUCCUAGGUUGUUGGAGCAGUGUAUGGCUGGAGUCAUCAUAGCCGACGUUUACUUCUCCAAAGGUGUACCCAUGCUUGGAUGGGAAGCUGCCGGUGUACCAGGUAGAAUGGUCAGAGUUUUAGAACUGAACAAUCGUAAUCUUCCCAAAGAACGUCACAAAGACGCUUUGUUAUCCCCUCCUGUCGAUUCCAUCGAUCGUGAGGCCCGUUUAGGACUUCUUUGGAAUGCUUUCCUUGCCGACUCAGGCUUCGCCCUCAACGGGGGUUGGGGAAGAUCUUUCGAGUUAUCAGAUAUGAGAACGCAAUUACCAGGUAGUGAAUGUGAUUUUCAAAAAGGAGUCUAUGUAGAGGAAAACCCACAAAAUGCUCAAAGUCCAGAUUUGUAUAACAAUCAUCCGGUACAAGAUCCAUUCGUGUUAAGUAUCAAAGCUGCCGUUCUCAGUUGUCGAGCUUCUAGAUGGUUGCAUUUUUGGCAACAGAGAGAUAUCAUACCUGGAGACGAUAUGACGGGUUUGAGACAUCCUGAUUUCUUGACAUUGGUACAUGACUUACAUGAUUUCAAACGAACGGUGCCAGAUGCAGUCAAGAAUCUUUUCAAGAUCUGCGAAGUUCAAGGACCACAAGCGUUGGAUGCUGAUGUUUUGACUAUUCAUAUCUUGCCUAAUUUGUCUUUGGCCCUAUUGUACGAGCCAUUCGUACAGACACAAAACGCCGAGACGGAUGAUGCUUUAUAUAAAAUUCGAAGAGCUUGUGAUUCCAUCAUUGGGAUACUUCAUUUGAUCCCGACUAAUUUGGACGUCGCGACUAUCAUGACCCCUGUUAUUGGAUUCUCUCUUUACUCCGUCGGUAGAUUAAUAGCAAAUGAUAUCCAACGUUUAAUGUCCGCUUCAAAAUUCGAACAAGCUUUGAAAGUCCGUGGUGAUCUCAGUACCGUUCAAGCCAUGUUAGGACGAUACGGUCAACAACACGCCCUUGGAUUAGCCAUGGUCAAUUUCUUAGAUCAUUAUCUU